GCGACCGGGGCACGGUACAUAAGUCAAGUCAUAUUUUCACGGCGUGAGGAAACAGAAUCGCCAGUGCGAUUCAACGUGACGUUAAAAACGGCCUUUUAUUAGAACGCUUGCUGAGCCCCAAUCCAUGCAAAGAUGACUCCAGUGAUUGCAUCAAGGUUAUUUCAUCUGGCUCUCAGGAGUUCUUCCCCAAAAAGCUUGUUAAUGUUCCCUCAGCCGUACAGGGCCUGUGUAGCCCACACAAGACUGCACUCCUCUCACGUCAAGCAGAGAAGCUACUGGCAGUACCUCAAGCGUAAAGUCCUGAAGCCCCCCUCUCCUCCAUACCAACACGUCUGCCAAGUGGGCGACCCAAUCCUUCGCUCCAUGGCGUCGGAGGUGGACCCAGCCAAAAUUGCCAGCCCAGAAAUCCAGAGGGUGAUCCGGACUUUGGUGGCAGUGAUGCGGAGGCUGGAGUGCGUGGGGCUCAGCGCUCCCCAGAUCGGGGUUCCCCUGCAGAUCCUGGCGGCCGAGUUCACCGAGCGCAUGAUCUCCGACCACCCCCAGGGCAUGAGGGAGGCCAAGGGCCUGUCUGCUUUUCCUCUGAGGGUCUUCGUGAACCCCAGGGUUCGGGUCCUGGACUCCAGAACCAGCUCUUUCCUUGAGGGCUGCGAGAGCAUUUCAGGUUUCUCUGCUUGUGUUCCUAGGUAUCUCUCUGUAGAAAUUUCAGGUCUAAAUGAGAGAGGAGAGCCUGUGACCUGGAAGACCAGUGGCUGGCCAGCGCGAAUCAUUCAGCACGAAAUGGACCAUUUGAAUGGAGUGCUGUACAUUGACAAGAUGGACAGUAAAACCUUCAAUAACGUUGCAUGGAUGGAAGCAAAUGAAUGAGGACUAUUUUGGAGAUAAAUACAUUUCUUGACACCUGCAUUCCUGUUAUUCCUGUGCUCAAAUUGAGUGUUUGAUUCUUACUUGAAUUCAUCUCAGAUUUUCUCCAAAGUUAAUAACCUGUCAGCUGUUAUGCAAUUCCUAAUGUACCCAUGCAUGAGCUAAGGCACAGAGAUAUAUGGGGUCAUGCUUUGAAGGCUCAGUGAAAAAAAAAACAGGAAGGUGUUACAUUCUUAUGUACACAAUUAUGCUGAGGCAUAACGCUAGCAGUUCAUUUUGGAGGAGAGAAGUUGUAUGAAUUCAGAUAUUUUAAGCAAUCAGUUCUAUUGAAUGAGUGCUAGGAAAAUACAGUGUACUGCAAUUUGGCACUUGUAAUACUGUACAUGAGUAUUUUGUAAAACCGUGGUUAUUUUUAAAUAAAGCCAUACCGCUCAAAGCAUAUGGUAAUUGCAAGAUUUCUGAAAUCUACAAGUAGAAGUCUAAUCAUUAUAGCUAAUUUGUGAAAUGGUUACAAAUUGUUAAUUUGUAUACAAUGCUCCAUAACAAGACCUCCAAAUUAAAAGGUUCCCUGAAGAGGA